UGGAUUUCCGUGCCCAAUUCCGACCAUCGCCAUUCCUCGAUUGCCUCAUAGAAGCAGUUCAGGCUCUCCACUCUAAUGUUCAACGUGACACGAACGUCCUCACCCAACCCACCUGGGGCCACUUGCACCCUUGAAUCCCAGCCCUAACUUCCAUGGUCCAUCUGACAUUUGCCGCUUUAACCCCCUUCCAGUUUUCCUACACCACAUAUCGUGACGUGCCCACUCCACACCUGAUUGACAGACAGACAGACAGACAGACGGACAGCCUAUUAUCGAGUGUCUCUUCUUGGUCGAGCCUCUGAGUUAGUCCGUGUGAAGUAAGCAGUGGAGCAGCUUCUGAGCAAUUAGUCUCUUUCCAUCCAUCACCGAACGGCCUCCCGAGUCCUUCCCCUCAGCCCUCGAUCCUCUUCCCGGCCGCAUUGUCCCUCACGCUCACCUAUGCCCUAAUCAUCGUCAUCGUCAUUAUUAUUCUUAUCGGUCUCCGCCUGCUGUUAAGCCUCAGCCAUUGACCACAACAUGGCUGAUGUGGAACCACCGCCUCCGGUGGAGGGUGGUUCAGCCCAGGCUGAUGAGGCCGGGCCAACAGCCGCGCCGCAGCCCGCCCCGGCUCCGCCCCCGGGGCCUGUAUUGAUGAAUGCUAAUGGGCCUCAGUUCGUGCGCGACCCGUUGUUGAACGUGCGAGACCGAUUGUUCCACACCCUGUUCUAUCGACUCACCCUGGCCUAUGCCCGGAUGUGUCCCAAACCCAUUCGGCGGAUCAUUGAGACCAUGAUCUUGGUCAAGGCCAUUUUGUGCUUCUUGAUGUUGAUUUACAUUCACGUGACGUUCUCGCGGAUCCCGGUGCAUUGCUUGGAAGGGGUCAAAGACACUUGGCCGCGGGAUGGCAUCCUCCGGGUGGAGAUUCUCCGGAAUGCACCUCCCGGUUACGAUCUGGAACAAAGCUACGAGAAAGAGCGACGCCUACAAAUGAGAAGUCAGCAUCAACAAGAUGAAUUGGCCAUGAUUUUAGCCGCUUUCUCCAGCCAUGGGAUUGUUGAGGACUUCUUCGGUGAGCGUGAGUCCGAAAGUGGUACUGGCUCGGGUGAUACCCAAUCAGCUGGACUAUCAGAUGAGAAGCUUGGUUUUGAUGAAAACCGUAACAGCACGGCGGGCGAAAGCAACAUCACAUUGCAUGGAUUUGAACGAGCUAAUCCUUUGCUGAGCCAUCUCCAACAUCCACCCGACAAGAAGUCGUUGUUGACAAAUAAUACCACCACGCAGGAUUACAGCCACACCUUCGGUCAAGACCUUCACAUGGAUUCCUCUUCGGGCAUUCCCCAAUCCGGAUCCGAUCCCACCGAUGACAGUCGCUUCGAGGAAAGCGGGGAUGAAGUCCUCCUGGACGGAAGCUCGGACACGUCGGAUGUCGAGAACGACCAGUAUAGCCUGAAAUCGACUGUUUGGGCCGAUGAAGAUUAUAUUGUGGAGUAUAGCUUGGAGUAUGGAUUCCUGAGACUGUCUCCCAGCACUCGCCAGAAACUGAACAUCACGGUGGAAUUGGUUGUUUUGGAUCCGGCGACGAACUCGUGUUUUGGCGACAUGUUCUCGCAAGUCAUCCUCCAAGGCUUUCUCGGCUACGACGACAUCCUCAUGUCUUCGAUUAAAAGCCUUGCCGAGAAUGAGAAUAACAAAGGAUAUCUCAGAAACGUGGUCUCCGGAGGCCAUUACCACUUCGUGAGCCGAUGGGCAUCUGCAUUCAGCUAUUUCGUCUCCACCAUCGUCAUGAUUAUCUUUACUGUUUCCAUCACCAUGUUGUUGAGGUAUUCUCAACACCAGAUCUUCAUGUUCAUAGUGGAACUCCUGCACAUGCUUGAGUUCCACACCAACAUUUCGUUCCCAUUGGCACCUCUCCUCACGGUGAUCCUGGCCUUAGUUGGUAUGGAAGCUAUUAUGUCUGAAUUCUUUGAGGACACCAACACCGCUUUUUACAUCAUCUUGAUCGUGUGGAUUGCGGAUCAGUAUGACGCCAUGUGCUGCCAUACUCCGAUCACCAAACGCUUUUGGUUGAGGUUCUUCUACCUCUACCAUUUCACGUUCUAUGCCUAUCACUAUCGAUUUAGUGGCCAGUAUUCGGGCUUGGCUCUCAUCACAACAUGGCUUUUCACGCAGCAUUCCAUGAUCUACUUCUUUCACCACUACGAGCUGCCCGUGAUCCUACAUCAAGCUCACGUGCAAGACAUGAUCAUGCGGAAUCAGCAAGAGGGACGGGGCGGGCCGGCCAACCUACAGCAGGCCACUCUCCGCAUCACCACUGGGGUCGUGCCCAGGGGGGCAGGGGGACCGAGGGGGAACAACAAUGGCAACAUUAUUCGACCCAGGAUGCGGGGCUUUUCCUUUGCCGGGUUUAGAUUCCGCUUUGGCGUUGUGUUCCACAAUAAUAACAAUAACAACAAUAACAACAGUAAUAUGGUGAACAACAAUAACAUCAACAACACCCUGCAGCCAAAUCUGGUUCAGGAACAGCCUGUCGAAGAAGAGCACCCACUGGUAGAGGGAGAUUCCCCUGCCCAUCCCGAGCAGCAUGAUCAAGUGGGCCAAGAAGGUGUAAUUCGAAAUGUGCACGAGCAAGAGUCCCUCAUCGACAGUGUGAUAAACGACCUCAUUCCAGACAUGGGGAACGCCCAUCAAGCCCCCAACCUUCCCGAAGAGGAGGACCUCCAUCCCCGAGACCCGGACGAGGUCUCCCAGGAGCUAACCGAAGAGCUCCAAGAGUCGCGGAAUCUGGUCCGAGAGUUGGAGGAACGCUCCUCGCAGCUCCGGAAUGUCAUGUCAGAAUUGGGCGAUGUGUCCAGGACCCUCAACGACACGCGGGAUCGACGGCGUGUCGAUGCAGAUGCUCAAAUUGAGACCAGUGAAGGUGUAAGUCAUGAUGUUCCCAAUGGCACUAGUCAGUCAAGUGAAGCGUGUUCCACCAUGCCAGUCAGGAAAGAGGUAGAACCACUGUCAUUAUCGUCGUCGUCGCCGUCGUCGUCGUCGCUGAUAGCAGAGAGGAGUGGUAGUGGUAAACAAGUUGAAGAAAGUGGUGAAAGUGAGAUGAAUGAGCCGGGACAAUCAGAUCGGUCUGCGAGUGACAGUCCCAGUUCCUCGUCUUCUUCAGCGCCCAGGCUCGAAGACAACGGAGACAUAACCAGUCAGGAUCGUCACAUGUGAUAUUUGUGGACCAUUUUCACAUUGCUCGCACGCACGCACGCACGAACGCAUGGGCGCAUACACGCCAGCCAUAAGUGAGAACUGAACCGAUCCAGUUAUCCAAGUCACCGAGUUACUGGGAGCUCAAUCCACUCGAUUGGUAGCGCUAAAACAUGCUUACAAAUGACAGGAUCUCGGAAACGAACGAAUGAACGAAUGAACGGCCGAAAAACUGAAGAGAAGCCAAUGCUUGUUCGAUAGGUGACACGCUCGCCAAUUCUUACACACAUACCACACAUACACACUCAGUUGUUUCAUAUUGAAUGUUGAAAUGAAAUAAAACACCCGCUUUCUUGUG